CACCGGUGAUGUGGGCAGCAAGGUCGGGACACAGAGAUGUGGUGGAGCUGCUAUUGAGUAGAGGGGCUGAUGUGUCUCUGGAGGACGGUGGCGGUAACAGCAUCCUUCACUGGGCCUGUGAGGGAGGAGACGUAGGGACGAUGGAGUUCCUCCUGUCCCUCAACGUGGUGGACGUCAAUUGUAGAGGAGGGAGUAACACGACACCGGUGAUGGCGGCAGUUGGUGAGGGACACAGAGAUAUGGUGGAGCUCCUACUGAGUAGUGGAGCUGAUGUGUCACUGGUGGACGAUGACGGUAACAACACCCUUCACUUGGCCUGUUAUGGAGGAGAUGUGGGGACGGUGGAGUUGAUACUGUCCCUGAACGUGGUGAACGUCAACACCAGGAACAACGAAGGACAGACAGCUGCCGACGUGGCGAGAAACGGGGGACGACAGCAAUUGGUGGAUCAACUGGUUAAAACGAGCCGGUGAUGAAACUGUCUUAGUUGAUCUAGUUCCAAAGAGCUACGAACUCAAACAGUUACCACGACUAACAGCCAUGGGAGGAGGUGUUGCAGUUAAAGCUAAACAGAAUCUGUACUCCUUCCACUGUUUUAAGUUCAUUUGAACCACACUCCGGCGCAGUGAUGACUUAGCAUAUCAUCACUGCCAUAGGCUAAUUUGCAUAUCACGUGACCGGACUUUUCCCUUGUUUGUAAACAAACGUACAUACACGUAAAUCAGAAGAGUCUGACAUUAUGCAAGCUUUUCGGUGCGCUCUUCAUAUUGUUUUACAUUGUUAUAUACAAUGUAGAUAUUCUCCUACAGUUGAGGCGGUCAGAUCCAUGACAAUACAUAUUUAUCCAUCAAAGUUACGACAUCGCUAGGUCUGCAUAGGGCUUCGAUGACAGCACGUGGAACCGCAUAACCUAUGUAAACCAAGGAUCGCUACGCAAGUCGAAAUAGUGUUACAUGUUUUUGGAUAUGUUCUCAGUGAAAGUAAACCAUUCAAUCAAUUAAGAUUAACUAGAUGUCUUGACUCGUCAAAAAUGAAAGUGUAUGAAAUAUAUACAAUAUAUUGAAUGGACUGUACGAGAUGUGACGAAUCAUCACAUCUCUCUGGCCCGUGGCAGAGGUGCUAUGCUGGUCGCAUGGAACUCUAGGUAGGAAAGUGCAGUUGAACACAUGAAGAAAGUGAUUACAGCUGAAAGUAGAUCAUGAGGGUGGCGCUA